GCAAAAGUUCAUAGGUGAAACACGCCCACAUCUCCGUCCGUGGCAUGGUGUGGUGCUUUAGCUAGCUUGUGGCGAACAAUGAAGACUGCCUCUGGAAACACGAGCAUCAUGGAUAUGUUUGAAGAGGGAAAAGUGGUGAAGAUGUGUGCCCCAAUGGUUCGAUAUUCAAAGUUGGCCUUCAGGUCUUUGGUCAGGAAGUACAGCUGUGACGUGUGUUUCACCCCCAUGAUCAUUGCUGCAGAUUUCUUGAGAUCCGUCAAAGCCAGAGACAGCGAGUUCACCACCAACAAAAGUGACCGGCCCCUAAUUGUCCAGUUUGCUGCCCAGGACCCCCAGACUCUGGCUGAUGCAGCAUGUGUGGUGGCACCCUUUUCAGAUGGAGUUGACCUCAACUGCGGAUGUCCUCAGAGAUGGGCGAUGUCAGCUGGCUAUGGCGCUUGCCUCAUCAACAAGCCUGAACUUGUUGAAGACAUGGUGAGACAUGUCAGGAACCAAGUGGACAAUCCAGACUACACAGUAUCCAUCAAAAUAAGGAUUCACAAAGACUUGAGGCAGACGGUGGAUCUGUGUCAGAAGGCCGAAUCAGCCGGAGUAUCGUGGAUAACAGUCCACGGCCGUACAACAGAGGAGCGCCACCAGCCGGUGCACUAUGAUGCAAUAAAGACGAUCAAAGACAGUGUAUCUGUCCCUGUCAUUGCCAAUGGAGACAUCAAGUACCUCCGGGAUGUGGAGUCCACUCACCAGCACACCGGAGUCAACGGUGUGAUGGCCGCACGGGGGUUGCUAGCCAACCCUGCCAUGUUUGCUGGAUAUGAGGACACUCCUUUGCAGUGUAUAUGGGACUGGGUGGACAUUGCUGUUGAGCAAGGCACUCCAUUUUCCUGCUUUCACCACCAUCUCAUUUACAUGCUGGAGAGAGUUAGCUCCCAGCCUGAGAGAAAGGUGUUCAAUUCUCUGUCCAGUACCUCUGCAGUAAUAGACUACCUCCAGAACACCUAUGGGUCAAUUCAUGACCCAGACACACAAAUCUGUCCAUUUUGAGGUUUUUAUUUGAACUAUAUUUGUUUUUAUGUCAAAUAAAGGUGCAAUUUUGUUACAUUAAUUUUCUUGUUUUUCACAGCUUGAGUUUGUGUAUUGAGUCAAAAAACCAAACGAUCUGGAAAUUUCAAUCGAAAAUCUAUUUUCUUGAUUGGUAAUGAUUUCAAUAAUUUCUUAGUAUUUUAAUCAUAAAGGUGCAUUUAAAGAAUUUACAUAUUUUUACAUUUACAUUAACAAUAUACCAACUUUUAUUAUGGCUAAUUUAAGACCAGCUAAAGCUCACAUCCUGUUCAUAACAGAUUAUUUUUGUGGUCAUUUUUUGUAUGCCAAAAUAGCUAAUCAUAAGUUAUAAGUUACAGAUAUAAAAAUAAGUACAAUUGUUAUGUUUUAACUUGGACUCAUCAUAACAAAUUGCAAAUUGUCUUUAUACAAUUACUACCCUGUUAAAUAUUUUAUUUCCCAAAGACCCUGAAAGGAUAUUGACACCAGCUGAUUAUUUUGAACCAAUCCUGUAGAAACCUUUAUAUAUGUAUUUUGGAAUUGUGCACAUUUUGGUCUGGUGUUUCAGACCUGCUACAAAAAAUGUUCUCCACCUUUCUUUUUGUUUUAAACAUACAGAAUUUGGAUUUUUGAAAGACAAGUGAGCAAAUAUUUUCUACUUAAUUUAGUUAAUUUUCACUUCGGUCAAAUAUUUUAUUCAUAAAUGUAAAUAAACAAAUGAAAAACCUUUCUUGCCCAGUUUUAUCUGUGAAUUUAAAAAGUCUGCUGAAUGUAUUAAAAACCCAGAGAAUUUUAAGGCUUUAAAAAUGUGGACAUAUUUGAAAAAUACGAUUAAAUUAUUAGUGAUGUUUGUGAUUUAUAGGAAUACAGUCUGUCAUUUUUUAUUUUAUUAUUUUAAUUUAUUGCUAUCUUCCCUUGGCAGCUUUGAUCUGUUUUGUGUGUUUUAUAAAACUGCCAAAAUUGCAAAUAAAGUCUUUUG